AUCGAGGUCGGCGGAAGGCAGCGACUCCCAGGCUUUCCCGCGCAGUUGCGGGGAUGCGCUCGACGACAGCACACGUGAUGAACGCGAGCUCCGUCUUGGCCCGGCCAAAUAAGACGUCAACGCCAGUUAAUCAAGACAAAGAAGACGCAUCCCCUUGGGUGUGUGAAAAACCUCUCUGCUCCCAAAGCGUUAUGGCCCUCAAGCUGCAGGCUAGUGACGACGGCCACGAUGUCGGCCCGGGGGUGCUCGAGGCCUCCUCAGCUGGCGAUAAACUGCAGGGCUGUGCCAUGCGUUCACCUCAUCGCGCAAGAACCAUGUCAGAAUCGGAUCUAGCAGUCGGGGACCUCACCCUUAACGACAGCUCCUUUGAUGCAAAUAGGUCCAUCUUGCACCACUCUGGUAGGAGGACGCCACCGCGAACUUACUCCUACAGGAUCAUGCCUCAGAAGUCGGUGUUGUCACCUCGUGGGGACUCUACAGCGUGCGUGUUCCAGCUUUCGAAGCCCCUUACGAAGGAGCAGACACGUGCAGGCUACUGCAUCUUGACGUUCGAUGAGCCACUUUUACCGUCUGAUGGCUGUAAAGAAAACGGAAUAUGCAUGGCAGAUUUCGUGGUACACAUAAAAGAUACUCAGGCUGACGGCGAGAACGUGGCCGGUUCGGUGACACUGAAGACCCUUCCGAAGCAGUUAGGGAUCGGCCAGUCAUCUCUUCAGAUAGGCACGUUGGGGGUGUUUGCCCUGAAGGACCUUCCGCACCCCUGCUUCUUUGGACCAUUCUUUGGCCGGAGCAGACCUACGGUUGAGUGCUGCUUGGCUUACAAGUGUUGCGUGAAGGUCUUGGAAGAGGCAUACAAAGACACGCCCCAAGAGAAUGGCAACUGGAUGACUUUCAUUAAAUUCACCAACGACGUUAAACGCACAAAUCUCACGGCUUUCAUUCACGAAGAAUCCAUCUACUACAAGACAACAACACCCAUCAAAAAGUUCCAGGAGCUAGUGUUAAACACUACAUGUGAUCAGCACUACGCCUCAUCCAGCAUUCUGCUCAAGACGAUGUUUGAAUAGAUCGGCAGCAUAAGAAGAAGCCAAUGUUUUAUGGAUAUUCAUGUUUGAGUUACUUUACAUAUUGAUUACAAGAUAAAAUGUAAAAGGGAUUAGAAGGUUCCAUGUUUUUUGUUUUUUUUUCUCUAAAGUACUAUUGCUUUACUCUGAAAGGAAUAUAUACAAUUUUCAUGAUCUGAAUGACAAAUGAUGAUAAUCAGAUAAAAUAUAUAUUUGGAUUUGUAUUUAUUACUGACAAUAAAGAGGGAAAUUAU